AUGUACAUACCCGAAGAUCACAAAUUGAUUGAACAAAAGCCAUUAAUGACAAGAUUAAAUGAAAAUAAGGUUUCCAACAAUGUGAAUAUUCUUGAAUAUCGACCAUGGGUUGGUUUUGAAGCUGGCACUUGGCUAGGUGGAUUAACAGGUGAUCAGCGACCUUUUGAUAAAUAUUCUCUCAUCUACGUCAGUGAACCAAUCAAGCAAGCAAUUGAAAUUAUUGGCGUUGUUAAUGUUUCACUUCAGGUCAGUGCUACUGUUCGUUUAGCUCAUUGGAUUGUACGCCUGGAAGAUGUUGAUCCCAAUGGUCAAAUAGCAUUAACCACGACAGGAGCUAUAAACGGAGCUCAGAGGCAAACUCCUCCGACCUAUCUCAAGCCUAAUUGCCGAUAUAUGAUCACAUUUCCGCUUCAUUUUACUACCUGA